AUGACCUUUGAUAACCUUGAAGCAGGGGUUACCUACUGUAUCAAGGGCACAGCCUGGGACUCUAGUGGUCUCACUGGCGACGACCUCACUGUCUGCCAGAUCACACGUCCUUCAAGCCCAGAUGUGGUCAACGUGCAGGUGAACACUGGUGGUCGGUCUCUUGUUGCUGUGUUCUGGAUACCAGUGCAGGGAGCUGAGAACUACACUGCCUGGACCUCCAAUGGUCAAAACUGUUCCUCAGCCCUUGGUUACUGUAACAUCAUACCUGUAGAGUGUGGCCAGAACGUCUCUGUCUUUGUCACAGCCUAUAAUAGCGCUGGUCCCAGCAACCCCUCACAACCAGAAGGUUACAUUACAUACCCCUGUGCUCCAGAUAACACCUGGGUGGAGGAGCCCAAGGCAGGAAACUGCUUGCUGAAGUGGGAUAAGGUGUUGCUGGUGGAGUUCUACAUGGCUUUCAUAAAGAGGGAUGAUGGGACUGAGAACUCAUGUAACACCACUAAUACCAUCUGCCCAUUUUCCUGCACAUGCGGCUACACCUACUUCGUAACAGUCUUCCCGUACAACAGUGCUGGUGCCAGCCCUUUUUCACAUGUCAGCAACUACACCACAAUUCCUUGUUGUCCACAGAGUAUUACCAUAAACCUGGUUUCUACAGACACCUUGGAGGUCAUGUGGACCCCAGUCAAAGGAGCUGAGCUGUAUGAGACAACAGCAGCACAGACUAAUGAUGUCAUCCACUGUAACGACACAGCACCAGUGUGCGCGCUGUCGGAUCUGAGCUGCAACACAGCUUAUUCUGUGAUGGUCACACCUUGCAGCGAGUUACAAGGAUGCAACCGCACCUGCACAGAAUUCACACAGGAGACAGCUCCAUGCACACCAGAGAUCCAGAAUAUAAUACAGACAAACAACUCCACAUACACAGUCCUGAUCACCACCCCCAACACACUCAACACAAAUUAUACCAUCACUGCCACUGGGCGCUAUGACACACACACUUGCCAGACAAGAAAUAACUCCUGUGAGCUCACACAGCUGCCGUGUGGUUCAACCUAUGAAGUUACAACAGUGGCCAUCACAGCUGCAGGACAAAGUCUACCCGGAUACAGUAAACCUCUGGAAACAGGUCCUUGCUGUCCAUUGUCUAUAAAUGUGAACCAGGUCACUCAGGCUAUGACCAAUGUGACCUGGUCACCUGGCAGUGGAGCUCGCUCCUACAUCACUACUCUGAUGUCCUCCCAUGGCCAUGCCAGAUGCCACACUCUAAACACCCAGUGCCUGAUGGGAUGCAUCACCUGCAGCACAAACUACAGCGUCUACAUGGAUGCUAUUAGCAGCACUGGACACAAGUCAGAGUGCAAUUAUCGUGGAUUCUCAUCCAGCCCCUGCUGUCCAUCAGGUGUCAAGCUCUAUCGCAGGGCCAACAACUCUCUCAGGGUGUACUGGCGCUCAUUGGGCCCUCAGAUCAACAACCACACGGUAGAGCUGUACGGGACAGCAGCCAACUACACCUGUAUUGCAAUUGCCGGUAGCAUAUACUGUGAUAUCCAGGAGGAAACAUGUGGGGACGUCUAUACAGUAGUGGCAGCACCACUGGGACAGAACGGGAUGAAAAUUAACUUCUGUCAGCCCAGGACAUACUCAGUUCCCUGCCCAGGAAGUAAUGCUGGUAUGACAAUCUCACGUAGAAGACGAAGCGUGGAUUAAAUGUGUGACCACCCCCCUACUAAGACCAAAAACCCAGCACGGACCUUGAGGUGUUUUCACACUGAUAGCAACUGUAAAGUACCCAGAUGAAAUAUCACUCCUGUUCAGAAAUAUCUGUUUUGUUGUCACUGCUGUUUGCAAGUUAAACUGUAAAACAGCUGAAUAAAUGUUAAAA